GUAUUUUCAAACCCGUCCCGCUCACCAUUCGAUUGAGAUUCAGUAUUUGUUCUAUCUUUCAAGAAUAUUGUUCGAAAAGUCAAAAAUGAUGCAAUUGAAAGAAAUUAAUGUCGAUGAAAUAUACAAAAGAGAUAAACUAUUGAAGAAAGAAGAGGUCGUGAAUGUGAUGAAAUGGGUUGAAUUUCAGUCACACCUACCAAAUUUGAGUGAACUAUGUACAGCUCUUUUCCUCCACAGUUGUUACUAUAACAAUGAAUUGGCAAAAACAACAAUAGAUAUCCAUCACACAGUCAAAACAUUAUGUCCUGAUAUUUUUGGAAACAGAAGUCCAAGAGAUCCUCAAGUGAAGCUAACAAUAGACUCUUU